AUCUCCUCAGAAGUUACAGACCACCUUCUAGCGUCAGCAAAGGGUGGGAUUCUUCACUAAAACACUGCUGAUGCAUCUGCUCGAGCACAGUUGGCGGAGACAGCUGUGAGCUGAGUUUGCACGAGACGACGGUAAAGAAAAAACAAAAACAGGAUGAGGAAGGUAGUCGUGCUGUUUGGUUUAUGGAGUCUUCUGUCCCUUUCACAUGCUCAGUUGACAGCUACAGCAGAGGGGGAAGGUGAAGAAGAGGCAGUUGAACUUUUUACUACCCCACGUACCAAGUUGGCUGCUGCAACCUCUGAUUUUGGCUUCAACCUAUUCCGUCAGCUGGCAGCACGUGAUCCCAAGGCCAGCGUCUUCCUGUCACCUAUGAGUAUCUCAGCAGCCUUUACACAGCUUUCAAUCGGGGCAUCUGAUCGGGCUGAGAAACAGAUUUACAGGGCCCUCCGCUACCACACCCUAAAAGACAGUCAGCUCCAUGACACACUGAGAGACCUUCUAUCCUCCCUCAGAACAUCUGCCAAGGGCUUCAAGUCAGCAGAACGCAUCCUUUUGGCUAGGAAACUUCGUCUCAGGCUGGAAUACCUCAACAGUGUUGAGAAGCAAUAUGGGAUACGCCCUCAAACACUUGCGGGUGGAGCCCGGGACCUUAAGACUGUUAAUGAUUGGUUUAAACAGCAAACUGGUGGAAAAGUGGAACAAGUUGUUCCUUCACUUUCUCGUAACACAGCUGUGUUGCCUGUGGGAGCAGCCUUCUUAAAAGGUAAAUGGAUAACUAGGUUCAGCAAAGCUAAUAAGAUAGAGAACUUCCAGAGGGAUGGAGAAGCCCCAGCUCUUAUUCCCAUGAUGGAGCAGGAGAAUUACCCAGUAAAGAUGGGUAUUGACCCUGACCUUGGCUGCACGAUAGCCCAGGUUCCUAUGGAGGAUGGAAUAAGCAUGUAUUUCUUCUUACCUGAUGAGGUGACACAGAAUCUAACUCUAAUAGAGGAAGCACUUACAGCUGAAUUUGUCCAGGACCUUUCCAAUACCCUCCAUGCAGUAAAGGUGUUGCUUACACUUCCUGUUAUCAAGCUAAGUUACAGCACAGACCUGCUGCCCUCCCUCUCUGACCUGGGCCUUUCUGAAUGGUUGGCAGAGACAGACCUUGUCAAAAUAACCAAUCAGCCAGUCAAGUUAAAUGCUGUCCAUCAUAAGGUUGUCAUGGAAACAGCUCCAGAGGGUGCAGAGUAUGCAAGCACCACCCCUACUGUCAACGGCCAGUCGCUGGCUCUAACGUACCGCGUAGACCGGCCUUUCCUCUUUCUAGUCAGAGAUGAGCCAUCAGGCACACUUCUCUUCAUUGGGAAAGUGCUGAACCCACGUGACAUAGGAAGGGUAUGAGACAGACACACUUACACUAACAAAUACAAACAAAUGAGAAACAAGCAAUUUAUAUAUGAGCUCAUUUAAACCCAAGUCUAUAAACAGAAAAUAAAUAUUUGACAUAUCUUGACUUACAUGGCCAUUUGGAGAAAAAUGAUCACAGCCCAUUGACAUUUUCAACAUACUCAAACAUUGGUUUGUGCACACAUUCAAUGUCCAUUUAUACUUCUCAUGAUAUUGUCCACUUGUGCUUUUAUUAUGGAUUUUUAUGGAUAGAUUAUUGUACAUGUUCUAGAUUUUAGCCAUACAGUCUACAUUAGAAUUGAUGGAUAAUAACUCUGCUCUGACUAACUUUUCACAUGUAAAAAAAUUCCUUAGAUAUCUGUAAUGGCCUCCAUCUUUUGUUUAACACUUUCUUUCAGUUUACUAUACAUUUAUGACUUUGUGACCAUAUGAGUUUAAUUAACAGUCCCUCAGCAAUGAUGAAAUUAUACUAAAAUAAAAAAAAAAUCAGUUGAUAUUCCCUGAUACUUAUUUUACUAAAAUAAGUAAAAAAAGAUAUAUAAAAAAAAUAAUAAAAUAAUUUUUUCAAUCAGUAUCUUCUUGUUCCAUGACAUUUGUUUAUCAAAUGCUUAAAUAACUGAAAUCUACAGUUGUUUGUGUGUGUGUGUGUGUGUGUGUGUGUGUGUGUAUUUUAGUAAGGGAUAAUGUACAUCCAGCCAGUUGUUAUCGCAGAAUAACCCCCAACUGGGUGAUCAGGAGCCCAACGCAAAGUGCAGAGGUCUUGUAUCAAAACUUAACAUAUAGCACAGUUUUAUCACAGGUAAAAAUGCAAAAUGUUUCACUUCCUCUUAUUACACGGCUUCUUGACCCAUAGGUAAAUUAUUAGAAACAGAAUAUUGAUUUCAGUUGAAAUUUUUGAAUGCAAAGCUUCCAUGAACACAUCAGUUGGGAGCAAGCAGCAAGUUCAAACUAGAUGGAAAUUUAAGUUAUACGGUGCAGUCAAACCACUGAUUACAGAACAUUUCACCACAUAAAUAAUUACGGCGAUAAAAGAUUUAAGACGAAAAUGUUUUAAAAUCUUACCAAUGGGUUAGUUAUCUUAUAAUCCAUUACAGUAUACAAAACAAUCGUAGCAAAAUGGCAGCAGCUGCGUUUGUAUGAAACAGGAGUCUGCGAUACCAGGAUGACAAUUUUUAAUUUGAGAUUUAAUAUUUUAUUAGCUUAACAAACGCAAAGUUUCCACCAGGAAAAAAAAAAAAACCUUCCUAGCAAGAGUACAGCGCCAACUUUAGUUACCUGGAUGAGCCUGUGUUAUUAGUUUCUCCCGGUUAUUAAUGGAUAACAUCCCUCGGAAUGUCACGACCAACCAAUCAGAAUCAAGUAUUCCACAGAGCCAUGUAAUUAUAAUGUAUUAGCAUAUAGCAUAUAUGUAUAGGAUAUUUAGAAUUACAUAUUUUGUUUUUACAUUGUAUCUUAAUUUUAAUUCCAGGACUCAAACCACUUAUUUUGUUAUGAUUAUUAAAGAAAUUUAAGAAACAA